AUGGCUUGGGCUUAUAAUACAUCGGACCAGGCGGACAGCCUUGGUCUAGAGAUAACUGCUAUCGCAAUCAUGUUCACAACGAUGUCUCUUUUGAUUUUGUUGCUGCGUUUCUAUGUACGUGGAUGCAUGAUCAAGGCAAUUGGCGCUGAUUGCUUCUUGCGGGUUCGCUGUGGUGACGAUUAUACGUAUGCCAUUCUACCAGCACGGCCUUUCGAUACUACAACUAACCCUGCGCCAAAAGAGACUAAAUGGGGCCUUGGAUUGACGCACCUGGAAGACAUGCCAACAGAGGAUAUCUACAACUUCGGACUGAUUCAGUACAUAGGGGCACCGUUCUACAUCACAAGUAUUCUGGGCUUCAAGCUCAGUCUGUUGCUUUCGUAUCUGCGUUUCAUGCCCAAAGGUGCUGCACGCAAUACUACGAUUAUGUUGAUCGUCGCGUGCAUACUCUUUCAUAUCAGCUUCCUCGUUGUUCAGGUCAAUCUAUGUCAGCCGAUAUCCAAACAAUGGAAUCCUGCCAUCACCGAUGGCCAGUGCUUACAGGCAGUUCCAUUCUACCUCAGCAUGGCAUCACUGACCAUCUUUUUCGACGUGGCUGUCAUGGUCUUACCCUUUCCUGUUUUACUCAAAAGCCGCAUACAGAAGCGGAAGAAGGUCGCACUACUAGGUCUCCUCGCACUAGGCAUCUUCAUAACCGUCAUCCAAAUCCUCCGCAUCCAAACCGUCCGUAACCUCUCCAACUACCUAGACUCGAGCAGCCUCAUCAUGUGGUCCACCAUCGAAAACAACCUAGGCAUCAUCGUUGCCUCGAUACCAACACUUGCACCGCUCUUCAAGUAUUUUGUGGAAAAGACGCAGAAGAGCUCUUCGGGGAACUCGGGGAAUAGAUCUAGGACGGUGUACACUGCAAAGUCAAAACGGAGUAUGAGACACCAGUCUAUCAGGCUUGAUAGUGUUGCCCGUGCUGCUUCGCGCCUUAGUACCACGUUUGAUAUGGGGGAGAGCCGGGAGCAUAUUUUGGAUCAGGCUGCUAGAACGUCAAGCAAGGAUGUGGAAGCUAUUUUGUCUACCCGAAAUCAUCAGGUCUUCUCUCAGGGAAGAUAUUAUGCUAAUCUGUAA